AUGGAGACUAAGAAUGAGAAGUCUGAUGUUUCACGAGCCGAAGAGUUGAAAAAUCAGGCGAACGAAGCUUUUAAAGGUCACAAAUUCUCCCAUGCUAUUGAUCUGUAUACACAAGCUAUUGAACUCAACAGCAAUAACGCUGUGUAUUGGGCAAACCGUGCAUUUGCUCACACGAAACUCGAGGAAUAUGGCAGUGCGAUACUUGAUGCAUCAAAGGCCAUUGAGAUUGAUCCAAAAUACUCUAAGGGCUAUUACAGGCGUGGUGCUGCGCAUCUUGCCAUGGGAAAAUUUAAGGAUGCCUUGAAGGAUUUCCAACAGGUAAAAAGGAUUUCUCCUAAUGACCCUGAUGCUGCAAGAAAGCUAAAAGAAUGCGAGAAAGCAGUGAUGAAACUCAAAUUUGAAGAAGCAAUCUCUGUACCUGUAUCUGAAAGGCGCUCAGUUGCGGAGUCCAUUGACUUCCACACCAUAGAGGUUGAGCCACAGUAUUCUGGUGCUAGAAUCGAGGGAGAGGAAGUUACCUUGGAUUUUGUGAAAAAUAUGAUGGAAGAUUUCAAGAACCAAAAAACAUUGCAUAAAAGGUACGCAUACCAAAUUGUCUUACAGACAAGACAAAUCUUGCAAGCACUGCCUUCACUUGUGGAUAUUAGUGUACCUAAUGGCAAGCAUUUCACCGUCUGUGGUGAUGUUCAUGGUCAGUUCUAUGAUCUCCUAAAUAUCUUUGAGCUUAAUGGUCUCCCUUGCGAGGAGAAUCCGUACCUUUUCAAUGGUGACUUUGUGGACAGAGGCUCAUUCUCUGUUGAGAUCAUCCUUACAUUAUUUGCUUUCAAGUGCAUGUGUCCGUCAUCCAUAUAUUUAGCGAGAGGAAAUCAUGAAAGCAAAAGCAUGAACAAGAUAUAUGGUUUUGAGGGUGAAGUUCGGUCCAAGCUGAGUGAAAAAUUCGUGGAUCUCUUUGCUGAAGUUUUCUGCUAUCUACCGUUGGCUCAUGUUAUCAACGAGAAGAUUUUCGUUGUGCAUGGAGGUCUCUUCAGUGUCGAUGGUGUGAAACUCUCUGACAUCAGAGCCAUUGACCGAUUCUGUGAGCCUCCCGAAGAAGGAUUGAUGUGUGAACUGUUGUGGAGUGAUCCUCAACCUCUCCCUGGAAGAGGCCCAAGCAAGCGAGGAGUUGGUCUAUCGUUUGGUGGAGAUGUAACAAAAAGAUUUUUGGAAGACAACAAUCUAGAUUUGAUGGUCCGAUCGCAUGAAGUAAAAGAUGAAGGUUAUGAGGUUGAUCAUGAUGGUAAACUCAUAACUGUCUUCUCUGCACCAAACUACUGUGAUCAGAUGGGUAACAAGGGAGCCUUCAUUCGCUUUGAAGCUCCCGAGAUGAAGCCGAACAUUGUUACAUUCUCAGCAGUGCCUCACCCGGACGUGAAGCCGAUGGCUUAUGCAAACAAUUUUCUCAGGAUGUUCAACUAA